CGCCUUUUUGCAGUGUGCCACCUCUCAUCCAUUCUAAAAUACCCUGUUGUAGGUACAACUGCGCUUCCUUUCCCAUUGAAAGUGCCAGGUGUCUACCAACUCCAUCGCUGCCCUACACCUAGCUUUAUCACAAGCUAUAGCCACUCCGCCUCGAUAGCUUCACGCCACAGGCUCAGCCUUACGCUCAAUAUUAGUUUGGCUCUCGAGAGGCCAACUGUGCUAACGAGGAAGAUGCAUCCAAGAGAGGACCAAGCCAGUAGCCGUCCCCACCACGUCCAAGAAUCCCAUAGCUAUGAGCGAACUACGUCGCCUGGCGCGGGUCAAUCGCAAGGCACUUCUGCAAACUGCUCGUUCACUCAAACCAACGGUACUAGUCCAUCGCAAACCCCAACACAGCAGAACGGCUAUUCAUACAAUCCCUCGCCAGCACAAGGUCCUGGCCAGCCAUAUAUGGCGAGUUCCUACUGGCACCCCGUUCCGCGCACCUGGGGAGCUGUGAACCCUGAAGCGUACCUCGUGACGCAAAGUCCAGCGCUGAACUACCCCUUGACCGCACCUCACCAGAACCCCGCUCAGCCAAACCUUCCAAACCACCAGGCACCCCAAAAUGCUCCCCAAAAUGCUCCCCAAACUCAAGUUCCAGCUACAAUCUCCUUGGCCAACCUUAAUCAACUAAACUCCAACCACUUGUCCUCCAGUACCAUGGCAAUAUGGAUGAAUGAGGGCCAACGCGAAGAUGCAUGGCACAGUACUGGAUACGUGCCAAGGGAAGAUGAGGGCUGGCGUGAGAGGUAACAGAUGGUUGAAGACCUUCACAGUGCUUGACGGGAGAGACGAGGGGCCCCAAAAGACAGAGAGGUGUGGUUCUAUAUAUCUAGCAGAUGGAUGCUAGGGCACGUACAGGAAGGCUAAUUCUUUGGCUCUGUACUGUGAUUUACAGCAAGGCUGGGGCAGUGCUAGGAUAUAGAAUCAAAGUAUUGAAGGCGUCUCAGGUCUGGCUGAAGCCUGUGG